GUAUCUUACAAAUCUCCAUUUCGUCCUCAGUAGCUCAUCGAUAAUUUUUUUUUUAAAUUUUCUCUCUACAAUAUUUCGGUUUCAAGGAUGAAAAUGCUGCCUUUUUGCUUUCUCGCGGUCGUUUCUUUAGCGGCAACUGCGACUGCAGACACAGACCAACAGAUUGAUACUUUGGUUGCUGACGUUGCGGUCUUGAAGCGAGACCUUGGUGCUGCAAAGGUUGAGAUCGGAGAGACAAAGAAAAUCUUGCAGAGUUUGAAACUCGACUUUGGAAGAACGUUCUCAAAGGAGUUGUCGAAUAGACCAGAGUGCACAGCAAUCAAUCUUGAAUGGACCAAAUUGGCCAACGGGAAAAAAUACCACUUUUCAACUGAGAGGCUGAACUGGAAGCAAGCGAAGGAGUUCUGCAAAAGAAGCUCGAUGCACUUGGCCUCUCCAAAGACCCAACAGGAACUCACUCUGCUUUACCAAAGGGCUAAGGCACUAUAUGAAAAAAAUAACAACUGGUGGGUGUCUGCGUCGGACGUGGGUGGCAAAGCCGGCGAAUUUAAGUGGCAUGACGGCCAAAUUCUUCCCAAGAACAGCACUCUGUGGAACAAGGAAUUGGACCGGCCUGGCGACUACGGCGCCGGAAAAGAAACGUGCGUCCACUUCGCCUCCUAUUACAAGGACAAGUUGAUGGACUCUGUUUGCUUUCCGGCCGGCCAUUUCAUCUGCGAACUGCCAGUCUAUUGCUAGUGACAUCCAUUUAGCUAAACUGAAA